UCAAUUUAAAAAAAUCCAAUUUUGUUGUCAACAGACCAUCCGGAAUGCUGGCACAAACCUCUCGGAAAAAGAGCUCUUUCUCAACAAACAGUAACACUCCAACUGACGUGUUUUCAUUCUCCUACAACCAAAUAUUUAAUUAAAAGACAAGGCCAUCGGCCCAUGCACUCAUUCUUAAAGGAAACCACGGCAUUAGUGCCGCAUGAAUUACAUUGUUAACGUUGUAUUUAAUGGCUAUUUUCGUCUCAAUUGCUGCGGUUUAAUGCUUUGUGUGGCUCAGAGGGGUGAGUCUUCUUCCACUCCGUGACGUGGGGCUUUAAUCCGGCCGGACCGCCGCAGUACUACCGCGGAGCGGAGAGCUCUGCCUCGGCGCCGUCUGCUCAAGCCCCCCCCCCCUGCCGGUUUGCUGGAUCACACGCUUAAGGUACCCGGUUAACGCCGCCUUAAGCGCCGCGGGGGAGCCGCGUUUCCAUGCUUGCGAGGCGUCGCUCUUCUCCGGGAUAAGUGCUGUUCGAACCCUACCGCCAUGGGCUCCCGGCCGUUAGGCGACGCACUGGAGUGAGCUGAGCUUUUUCUGUGGCACUGAUACCCUCUCCUCAUCCGGAGUCCCACCGCCCUCCCCCCCUCCCCCGGACGGGGCGAGAGCAGCCAUGGCGGGCUUCAAGCGCGGCUAUGAUGGAAAAAUCGCCGGGCUGUACGACCUGGACAAGACGUUGGGGCGCGGGCACUUUGCGGUGGUCAAGCUGGCACGCCACGUCUUCACGGGGGAGAAGGUGGCGGUUAAGGUCAUCGAUAAGACCAAGCUGGACUCGGUCGCUACGGGCCACCUCUUCCAGGAGGUGCGCUGCAUGAAGCUGGUGCAGCACCCCAACAUCGUGCGCCUCUACGAGGUCAUCGACACGCAAACAAAGCUGUACCUUAUCCUGGAGCUGGGUGACGGCGGCGACAUGUUCGACUACAUCAUGAAGCACGAGGAGGGCCUCAGUGAGGAGCUGGCUAAGAGGUACUUUGCCCAGAUCGUGCACGCCAUCUCCUACUGUCACCGGCUUCACGUGGUGCACCGCGACCUCAAACCCGAGAACGUGGUGUUCUUCGAGAAGCAGGGCCUGGUCAAGCUCACCGACUUUGGCUUCAGCAACAAGUUCCAGCCCGGAAAGAAGCUGACCACCAGCUGUGGCUCCCUGGCCUACUCGGCCCCGGAGAUCCUGCUGGGGGACGAGUACGACGCUCCGGCUGUGGACAUCUGGAGCCUGGGCGUGAUCCUCUUCAUGCUGGUGUGCGGCCAGCCGCCCUUCCAGGAGGCCAACGACAGCGAGACCCUCACCAUGAUCAUGGACUGCAAGUACACUGUUCCCGCUCACAUCUCCCUGGACUGCAAGGAGGCCAGGAGUUUGCUCGUCCUCCCGAGUGCUUGGCACCGAGGUUCCUCCACGGAUAUUCCUCAGGAGCCCUCGGUCCUGGGUGGCUGGACGUUACGCCACGCGACGGCAGCCUGCCAGGCCGGCACUUCGGUGCGGAAAGGGCUCACUGUCCGUGCGCUCGGAUGGGACCUCAUCAACCGCAUGUUACAGCGGGACCCCAAGCGACGGGCCUCUCUAGAUGAGAUCGAGCGGCACGCCUGGCUCCGGGGCGUGGAUCCUUCGCCGGCCACCAAGUAUAGCGCCCCGCUUGUGUCCCACAAGAGUCUGUCUGAGGAGGAACACAACGGCAUCAUCCAGCGCAUGGUGCUGGGAGACAUCGCCGACCGCGAGGCGAUUACCGAAGCACUGGAGACCAACAAGUACAAUCACAUCACUGCCACGUACUUCCUCCUGGCAGAGAGGAUCCUGAGGGAGAAGCAGGAGAAGGAGAUGCAGAACCGCUCCUCCAGCCCAAGCAACAUCAAAGCCCAGUUCAGGCAGUCCUGGCCCACGAAAAUCGACAUGCACCAGGACAUUGAUGACAGCCUGGCUGGGCCGUCUAUCUCCCAUCCUGGGGGACCACAGUCACCGGCCCGGAGCACAGAGAACCUGCUGAACGGCCAUCGCAGUAAGGGGCUACUGGACUUGGGCCGGCGCGAGGAGCCAACCGAGCCCUUGGCGCUGCCAGUCGCCAGACCUACCGCCGGACCUUCUGCCAGACCCACCCCCAGCCCGCCCAAACCCCUCGGCACCACGCCUCCGACGGUACCGGCAGCCCCCUGCAAGCCACGUACUUGCCUGUGUAGGGUAGAGGAAGAUGAAGAGGAGGAAGAGGAGCAGGAGCCCUUGCCCCUACCAACCCAGGUGGUGCUGCGGCGCAAACCCCCCAAUGUCCCCAACCGGCUGAGCUCACGCAAGAGCGCCCCAGUGCUAAAACAGAUCUUUGAGGAGGGCGAGUCUGACGAUGACUUCGACAUGGAGGAGGGCCUGCCACCCAAGCUGAGCCGGCUGAAGAUGAGCAUGGCAUCGCCGGGAACGGCACACAAGCGCUUCCCCCGCCGAAAGAGCCAGGGCCGCGGCUCCAGCUGCUCCAGUUCGGAGACCAGUGACGACGACUCGGAGAGCCACCGGCGCCGCCUGGACAAGGACCCGGGCCUCACCUAUGGGUGGAACCGUCGAGACAGCAGUGAAGGUCCACCUGGGAACCCGGGGGGCAAUGGGGCUGGCCCAAGUGGGCCCCCUACAGAAGGGGGCAACGCUGGGCCCGACAGGGGCAGCCCCCCCACGGAGGGAGAGGGAGGAAGUGGGGGUGGUGGAGGAGACGGAGGUAACAGAGGGCAAGGCAACCCCACCAACUGCUCCAGCCACACUGCAGCGGGCUCCGCCCCCGGCUCGGUGAAGACCGCCGGGGGUCUGGUGGAGAGCCUGAAACUCAUGAGCCUCUGCCUCAGCUCGCAGUUCCGCCAUCUGGCUAACGGAGGCGGUAGCGGGAAUGGGGGGAAGUUCAUCAUAGAUCCACGUGGAAUCCCCGGCAUGAAGACGCAGGAGAGGUCUCCAUGGAGGAUGUGCGUCAGCGGCUCCAGCGGGAGCCUGGACCGCGUCUCGCUGCUUGGGGGCGCCGCCUCUGGCGCGCGGGCUGACCCAUCGCCCGCUCACGCCCGUGCUGAACCAGGCCCUGCCCGAGAGAAUAGCAUGAACCUGAAAAACAAGGUGCUACAGCUACCUCUCAGCGACAAGACCAUCUCUGUGAACAUCCAGCGUAACCCAGAGGAGGGGCUGCUGUGCACGUCCGGCCAGGCCAGCUGCUGCCAGGUCAUAUGACGGCCGGCGGGAGCCAGCCACACCAGUAGCAAACUCCAUACUUGACCAGUUCCCUUCCUCUAGUAGCUGUGACCUUCCUCCAUGCACACCACUACCUAAACACAAUCUGUUUUUUUCUUCCCUCCCCAGUGUCAUCUUGUCUUAACGAAACACAGGUGCACACUACUUAGUCUUUGUGUUUUCUUUUUUUUUUUUAACUUUCAUCUUAAUGUCCGCCCAUUCCUGUAUCCCGGCCUCCUUUUUGGGUUUCGAGGAGGCCGCGUUUGAAUCCCGAACAGAGCGAGUUUGAGGGAGUGUUCUGAGGUGUGUGGCUUGGUGGCAGACAGACAGAGCAAUAAGUGUUUGGGGCAGGUCGUUUUGGCGGGGGGGGGGGGGGGGGGGCAGAGAAAACAGGAUUUCCAAGCCUCAUUGGUUAGUCUUAAACACCACAACCAAUCAAAAGGAGAGAGCAAAGUGGUGUAUUUAUAUCAUAAAGAAGCUGUAUUUUUUCCCCCUUAUUUUAACAGUGAAUAAGAUUGAAGAGCUGUUAAUUUAUAUUGCACAGAGACAAUCUUUUGAUUCUUUUAAACUUUUCUGGAGAUUAAAAGUUUGUUUUUAAUUGUUCUUCACUUGCACUGAAUCACUUAACUGUACACCUUCGUCACACUAACCCCGCAUAUCAUGCUCAGUGUUGCAUUAUUUUGGGCAUUUUCAUUUCCAGGCAUCUCCCGGAAGUGCCCCCCCGGUGGUCCUUGCAGUCGGCGAUGUGGGGUACACCGCCAUCUGCAGGUCGUCAGUCGCACUUUCAGGUCUUGGCCUCCCCUGGGUUAAUGUGACCCGGGGCUCUGCAGUUCAUUAGACGACCUCUGGGGUCAGGACGGGCUGCGUAGGUGUGCGUAAAAUGAACGUCACAAAGCCAGCAGGCGGGCAGCCUGAAGCUGAAGCUGUGCAGACAAGCUUCAGUCAUGCCACAAAGUCAAAAUAUAACUUUUUUUUUUUUUUUUUUUUACAGUAACUCAAAUGUUAAAUUAUUCAUCGGGUUCAUUUUAAUAGACAACUAAACCAUAUUAGAAUAAUGUUUAAUAAAAAAAAAAAUCAUCUAUAAAUCAUGCAUCAUAAUUUCAGUAUUUUUUUAAAAAGCUUAUUUAUUAUAAUCUUAGUUUUUUGGGUUUUUGAUUCCAGCAAAUUGGUUGCACAUUUUAUAUAAUAUAUGUAGAUGUAAAUUUUUUUUUUUUGGAUACUAAGGUAUUCACUAUAAAGUGUCACGUGUACAUAUUUCUAAAUUUUAUGUUUUUUUUUUAUUUAUGUAUAUUAUUAUACAUAGAGGAUUUUGUGUUAAGUAGCUGUGGAGUGUCCAGGGCCUCACUGCCCAUGGCCCCCUGAACACCCCCACUCAGAGCUCUGCUGUGUUCAGGCCUCUGCGAGCCGCGACGGUCACUGCUAUCGGUCGUUAGCCUUAGCGAACUGGAUGGAAGGAGCGUAAUCGGGAUGGGGGGUUCAAAGGGCGUUGGCAAUAAGCUAAUUGUUGCAGCUACAUGUAAAUUAAUAUAUUUUUAUUUUUAAAACAUGUACAGCCUUGGACAGGUGAUGAUGACCCCUGUGUGUGUGAGAGCGUGCGUGUGCGAACAUGGUGCAAUCCCUGUGGAGCAGUGUUGGCCUCUCGAUGACUAGCUGUCCGAUUAUACCCUUUUAUUAGAUAUUUAUCGCGAAAGAGAAGUACCAGAUACCAGUCAUGUGGGUCUGACGUGCCCUGGUGAACGACGUGCAUGUGUUGUACAUUUUAAAAAAAGGGGAAAAAAAAUGGAUAAUAGCGACUACAGCAGAAGAAAUUGUACAGGUCAAGUUUGUCACCUGGCGUUAAGGGAAAGUGGAAAUUAGAAAUAUUUAAUGGAAAAAUCUAAUUCUGUACUGAGAAUCUGUUUCAGAAGUUGAAUAUAACCAUGGUAAUAUCCAGAAUUAAAUGUUGUGAGAAAACAA